AGGAAAAUUCUCGUAAACGUAUAUUCUCGCCUGCGAGAAAUCGAGAAAGUGACACUUAUGACAGUAUUUUGACAUUUGACAAGAAUUAUGUUUUUUUGAUGGUGAUGUGUGCCCCCGCCGGUUAAUUCAAGUGUUUAAUACCCACAUUCUCUUUUUCAAAUCACGUACUUUGGUCUCUACAUUCCACAAUGUCGAAUUUAAGGUUAGUUUUAAUUCUGCUCGUCGUUGGUUCCUCGUGGGGGCACGAGCACGGCCAUUCGCACGACGAGUCCCCUUCAUUCAAGUAUUCCAAAGCAGCAAACGAGAAGUUUCAUCACCCCGAACCGGAACAUCACAGUACUACAUCCGAGUUGUGGCUGCAAGCCAUGGGGUCAACUCUCCUCAUCAGUGCAGCCCCCUUUUUUAUUCUGUUCUUCGUUCCACUGGACAGCACCGACCAGGAACAGCCCCUUCUGAAAAUACUACUAGCGUUCGCUUCUGGGGGCCUGCUGGGGGACGCCUUCUUACAUUUGAUCCCACAUGCGGCUAUGUCCGUCGAGAGCCCCCAUUCGCAUUCCCACGAUCAUGAACACGGACAUGAUAUGUCAGUGGGGCUGUGGGUUUUGGCGGGGAUCGUCACGUUCCUCUUGGUGGAGAAAGUUGUGAGGAUCGCCAAAGGGGGCCACGGGCACAGCCACCACAAGAAAAACGACGAAAAAAAAGAGAAAUCAAAGUCGGGGGGCGACAAAGCACAGAAAGUCGAUCCGAAAGAAAUAAAAGUUGCGGGUUAUUUGAAUCUAGCCGCCGAUUUUAGUCACAAUUUCACAGAUGGGUUGGCAAUAGGGUCGAGUUAUCUGGCGGGGAAUACCGUAGGGUUGAUAACAACAAUCACUAUUUUAUUACAUGAGGUCCCGCAUGAAAUUGGCGACUUUGCGAUUUUGCUCCAGUCGGGGGUGUCAAGGAAAAAUGCGAUGUUGUUGCAGUUGACUACUGCUUUAGGGGCUCUAUUAGGGACUGCGAUUUCGCUCUUGGCGCAAAACAGCCUCAUGGCCACCCAGUGGAUCCUCCCCUUCACGGCUGGGGGCUUUAUUUACAUAGCGUUGGUAUCUGUGAUUCCCGAAUUGUUAGAUGAAGAGAAACCUAGUUUUACACAGACUGUCUUUCAAGUAGCUGCCUUGUUAGGGGGUGUAUUUAUGAUGGUUUUGAUCGCAGAAUAUGAAUGAAUACCUAAAUAUGUAAUGGUUUUAUUGUUUCCUUUGUACUUAUAGUACGUUUCUACAAUAAAUAUUAUUUUCCUAAAACCAAUCUAAUUUGGUCAAAA